AUGAGUGAGCCUCUGCCUCUUCACUCGUCCACUCUGGUGUCACUGGCCCGUUCUCUGUCUGGAAUUGGGAACGAUGUGACUAAUGGAGGGCCCCCCUCUGCCCCAGACCACAGCGAGCCUCCUCAAUCGGUCACUGGCAUCGAGCUGGGCCCAGGCCUGUAUUUUGCUGAUGGGAAGCGCAAAGUGGACUACGUCCUGUCUUAUAAGUUCAAGAAAAGACGACCGUCUAAGUCCCGCCUGUCCAUCGCCUCCAUCGCCUCUAACGGCAGCGUGGGCUUCCCCAACGUGGGCCCCAGGUUUGACGAUGGGGAGUCUGGAGAGUGUGCCACCACCGCAGAGCCAGAGGAGCAGAGACUGACAGAGGAGGAAAAAGUGCUGAUGAGGGAGGAGUUUGAGGCUAAGCUCCUAGAGUCAGGCCUUCAGCUGGAGAGGGACCAGGAGAGAGUGCAUGGCAUUCGGUUCCUUCGGCUGCACAUCCCCUGGCCCAUCCUCAGUCGAGAGGCAGAGCUUCAAAAGAUUAAAGUAGCUGUCAAAAAGAGGUGUGACUUGCGUAAGCGAACAGGCAUCGCUGGCAUGUGGGAUUACACUUUGGCCACAAUUAGCACUCCAUUCCAACCAGACGUCCCUGAGCUGGAGAUCCAGAAGGACCCCCAGACCCGCAUGCGCUUCAAGACCCUCAAAUACGCCUUCAUCAGGGACAAGCUCCACUUGUACGACAUCAAAUCCACAGAGACGCUGUUUGAUAACGCCACACGCAGCCGAAUAGUUGCUGAGAUCAUUUCACGUAUUACUUGUACAAAAACUUGCCAAACCACUGGUAUCCAGUCAUUACUGGCUCGAGGAGUGUAUGAAUCUGCCUUCCCUCUACAUGACGGUUCAUUCACAAGGAGGGGUCGGAGGGACCAACGCAAUGAUAGGCAGAUUUUACAUGAAGAAUGGGCCAACUAUGGAGUCAUGCACAAAUACCAGCCAGUGGAUCUGAUCAGAAAGUACUUUGGUGAGCAGAUAGGCCUGUACUUUGCCUGGCUGGGCGUUUACACUCAGCUUCUUAUCCCUCCCUCUCUGUUGAGCAUCAUGGUCUUCUUAUACGGCGUCUUCACGGUGGACUCCAACAUCCCCAGUGAGGAGACCUGUGACGAGCGCCUCAACAUCACCAUGUGUCCCUUGUGUGAUCGAGUGUGUGAUUACUGGCAGCUCAGCUCUGUCUGCUCUUUGGCCAAAGCCACGUAUCUGUUUGACAACGGAGCCACUGUGCUGUUCGCCAUCUUCAUGUCUUUGUGGGCCGCUUGUUUCUUGGAGCACUGGAAAAGGCGUCAAAUGUACCUGAAACACGCAUGGGACCUGACCAGUAUGCAGGACGAUGAGGAGCGUGUGCAGGAGGAGCUGAGGCCCGAGUAUGAGUCGGCUUUGCAGGAGAAAAGAGAAAAGAUGAAGGCACAGAACACAAAGAAGCAGGCGAAAAGCACAGACGAGACGGAUGGAGAGACGGACCAAAUGCUUAUCUCUCAGCAAGAAAUUGACACAUUGGCUGUUGAAGAUCACCUGUGCGGAUACCUCAUCAAUGUGUCAACUGUUAUAUUUUUGAUUGUGGUGACGGUGUCUGCAGUGGUGGGCGUGGCCGUGUACCGGAUCUGCAUGCUGAGUGUGUGGUCCAUGAAUCCGGACCCCGAGGCCAAAGCCAGUGUGCGCAUUACCGUCACCACCACAGGGAUAGUGCUCAACAUGCUUGUGGUCCUGGUGCUGGAGGAGGUGUACGGGGCCAUCGCCGUUUGGCUCACUGAACUCGAAAUCCCCAGGACUAAAGAAGAAUUUGAAGAGCGAAUAAUCUUCAAGUCAUUUUUCCUCAAAUCCAUGAAUGCAUUUGCACCCAUUUUCUAUGUGGCCUUCUUUAAGGGCAGAUUUUCUGGACGCCCUGGUGACUAUGUUUACGCUUUUGGAGAUUAUCGCAUGGAGGAGUGUGCCCCUCCAGGCUGCCUCAUUGAACUGUGCAUCCAGCUCAGUAUGAUUAUGCUUGGGAAACAGCUCAUCCAGAAUAACAUCUUUGAGGUCCUGAUACCUAAACUGAAGAAGAUGUACAGAUCCUUCCAGGAACAGAAGGGAGCGAGGAAAGCAGCAGCAGAGGAAGAGGAGAAUGAGGGGGAGGGGAAACGGCCUAGACAGCAGUAUCACAAGGACCACACCCUGGAGCCGUAUGAAGGAGUGACACCGGAGUACAUGGAGAUGAUUAUCCAGUUCGGUUUUGUGUCCUUGUUCGUGGCGUCGUUCCCUCUGGCUCCAGCCUUCGCUCUGCUCAACAACGUCAUCGAAAUCCGACUGGACGCCUCCAAGUUUGUCACUGAGAUCCGCCGGCCCGACCCGGUGAGGUGUAAAGACAUAGGGAUUUGGUUCCAUAUUCUGUGUGGAAUUAGUAAAUUUGCUGUGAUUACCAACGCCUUUGUCAUCUCCUUCACGUCGGAGUUUGUGCCGCGGAUGGUCUACCAGUACAUGUACAGUGUGAACGGGACCAUGGCUGGAUACACAAACCAUUCGCUGUCCUACUUUAAUGUGAGCGACUUUGCAAGAGGAUCAGCCCCCACAUCCACGCUGCUCUCUGGAGUGUCUGUGUGCAGGUACAAAGAUUACAGAGACCCUCCCUGGGCGCCUGAUGCCUACACCUUCUCCAAGCACUACUGGUCCAUGUUGGCUGCCAAACUGGCUUUUGUCAUUUUCUUCCAGAAUCUGGCCAUGUUCCUGAGCUUGGUGGUAGCGUGGAUCAUCCCUGAUGUGCCACGCUCGCUCCGGGACCAGCUGAAGAAGGAGAACAUGAUGCUGAUGGACUUCCUGGUGGAACAUGAAAAAGGCGCUCGCGGACACCAUUCUAAGCGCUCCAUACCCAACAUCAAUUUAACUGUAGAGGCUGCAGCAGAAGACCAGGAAAUAGAGCGUCUGAUGGAGGAGGAGGAGCUGUACUUUGGGAAUGAUUAUAUCCACCCCUCAGACAGUGACCCGGACAUAGUCAGAUCAUUCGCCCAAGCAGCAGACGAGCAGCCUGGCCCAAUGGAGCAAAGAGACAGUAGUGAAGACUCUGGUAGUGAUGGUGGUGAGUGGAAGCAACCACAGGAUUCUGAAGAUAUCAAGGAGGAAGAAAAAGAACAAGAGGACUCAGAACAUCCCGGGGCAGAAAUAGUGGAUCUGGAUGCUUUGAUGACUGAGCUAGGAAUGUCAGAUGAUGUGUCUUCUUGUACAGCAGAGCCACCUCACUCAGCCUCUCAGCAGCAGAUACAGGGUGAACCCCAGGCACCUGUUAAGGCCCCAUCUAAACCUGGCUCCACCCACUGCCUGCAGACCUCCAGAACACUGUCUGUAGAUGGGAGCCCCUACACACUGAUAGACCCUCCUCCUGCUGCAGCAAAGGGCCGCUGCUCUACCCUACCCUCGUGCCAUCGAGGGCCCCAGGCGUGUUACAGCCUGCCUCGGCCAAGCCACUCCAGUCUGUCCAGGCAGAACUCCACCCCUCUGGUUUCACUGAGGCCCAUCACUACCUCAUCUCAGGCCUCAGAGCAGCCCUGCAGGUCCCCCAGCUCAGAGCCCCUUCAGACCAGUUCUACUGACCUGUUUCGUCUGAAAGAACCCCCGCCACAGCCACGGCGCUCCAGGGGUACGGCCCGCUGCUCCACACUCCCUCCCCGACAAAGACCCCCAGGGCAUGAGCCACAAAACACCAGGCCCAGUCAUUCUGCCAGUUUAUCUACACUGGGAGAGCAUGUGCCCCGCUCCCCCAGCCAGCUAAAGGGAAACACCCCAGAUCAGGCCGGCUCCUCCCCCUACUACCUUCCCGUGAAUGGGCGCUUUGUGGGGGCCUCCCAGCAUUCCAAGUUGAAUUCUCCCAGCUAUCAUCUAUGCAAAGAGCAUGGGAAGCAGGGCUCAUUUUUCAACCAGAAUGGGCGUUCAAUAGAUAAAGCAAGAAGAAUAUACAACAGCUGCAAAAACAACAAUCGGCAUUACAAGCAAAUUUGUCAGCGCAACAUUGAUUGCAGCAUGUUGCAGACAGUGUAUGAGUGGAUCUGGUGGGAGCGACUAUGGCUGCCCCUGGACGUGUCCUGGUCAGACCUGGAGGAUACUGAUGGCAGAGUCUACGCCAAAGCCUCCCAGCUCUACGACGUGGUCCCAUUUGCCCUGUGCCUCCUGCUGCUCAGAUAUGUGUUUGAGAGGUUUGUGGCCACUCCGCUGGCUGACCGAUGGGGAGUCCAGGACAAGCCUCGCACCCCUCCGGAGGCCAACUCUGUGCUGGAGGAAUACUUUUGCAACAAGUCCAGGCUCCCAUCACAGGCCGAUGUGCUGUCCCUGUGUAAGAAGAUAAGCUGCAGUGAGAGGAAGAUCCAGAUUUGGUUCCGGAGGCGUAGGAACCAGAACCGGCCCGGCCUGCGCAAAAGGUUCGGUGAGGCCAGCUGGAGAUGUGUCUUCUACUUCUGUGCGUUCUUCGGAGGUGUGCUGGCUCUCUACGACAAAGCCUGGCUGUAUGACCUGCGGCAGGUGUGGGCUGGCUUUCCCAAACAGUCCCUGCUGCCCUCGCAGUACUGGUAUUACUACACAGAGAUGGGCUUUUACCUGUCCCUGCUCCUCAGCCUCACCUUUGAUGUCAAAAGAAAAGACUUCAAUGAGCAGGUGGUCCACCACAUAGCCACGCUGCUCCUGCUCAGCUUCUCCUGGAUCUCAAACUACAUCCGCAUUGGGACGCUGGUGAUGGCCGUGCACGACUCUGCGGACAUCCUGCUGGAGGGUGCCAAAGUGGUGAACUACACCCAGUGCAACAAGGCGGCAAACUGCAUCUUUGUGGUGUUCACGGCUUUGUUCAUGCUCACACGACUGGUCAUCUUCCCCUUCUGGCUGAUCCACUGCACCUGGGUGUACCCCCUGGAGCUCUACCCAGCCUUCUUUGGAUACUAUUUUUUCAACGUGAUGCUGGUGGUGCUCCAGGGGCUGCACGUGUACUGGGCUGUGCUUAUAUCACGGAUGCUCUACAAGUCGCUCUUCGGCACGCUGGAAGGUGAUGACAGGAGUGAUGCAGAGGAAGAAGAGGAUGAAAGUGAUUCAGCCAAAGAGGAGAAGCACAAAGCCAGGCACAUCAACGGCUCUGGGGCCCGGGACAGAGCGUCUGGACACUGA